ACUACAAGUAGAAAUUAAAGGAAGACUCUGAGGAUCAUCAGACCAAAGCAAAGCAAGUUUGUUGAUAAAUAAAGAUGCCAAAUCCCAGUUAUUUCUGUUGAAACAAAUCUAAAACACUCACCUCGUAUUUGGUCUUCUCUUCUCCUUAGUCUCCACUUCCUUUGCCGAGUCCAUUGCACUACCGUUUCAAGUCUCCCUUUGUUUCUCAUUCUCACUUUUUAUACUUUCUAUGGCCAAGCCCUGUGGACUCACCUUUCUUCAUCAUAACAACAACUUAUCACCUCAGUCUUACAUUAUCAACUCCUUUCCCACGCAACAAGAGAGCCAUUGGAAGGCUGAAGCAAGGCCUAUGGACUUGUCACCGCCGCGAGGGAGUUUCCAGUUCCAGCUCAGCACCGCGCAUGAUCAUGAUCAAGAUAGGCCUGAUGAGAUGGAUUUUUUUGCACGUAAAAGAGAUGAUCAUGAUCGUGAUCAGUCAAAGGUGACGGAUAAUUUGGCUAGUGAGGCUGAUGAUCAUAGAGACUUAUCAGAUUUCAAUGUUAAUACUGGUCUGCAUCUUGUCACCGCAAACACCUGUAGUGAUCAUUCGAUAGUGGAUGAUGGAUUAUCUCCCGAUUCUGAUGAUAAAAAAGCGAAAAAUGAGCUAGGGGCACUUCAAGCAGAUCUGGAGCGUACCAACAUAGAAAAUCAUCGACUGAAGGACUUGCUGAGUCAAGUGACCAAUAAUUACAACACUCUUCAAAUGCAUCUAGUCACAGUUAUGCAACAGCAGAGUCACAAAUCAGCUGAUUAUGAACCGGAAGAAUUCAUCAAUCUGGGACUUGGAGGUCAAAGGAGUGCUGAGGCAGAUGCUGAACCUUCCUUAUCUUUGCCUGAGGGAGGCGAACACAUAAGGUCUCCUGCGAAUAACAUGGAUCAUUCAUCUAAGGAAGAUGAUGUAGAUCCAGGAUCACAGAACGCGUGGAUGGGUAGUCACAAGGUCUCUAGGCUAAAUCCUUCGAAUAGUGUUGAUCAGGCCACUGAGGCCACUAUAAGAAAAGCUAGAGUGUCUGUUAGAGCACGAUCAGAAGCACCCAUGAUAACAGAUGGAUGUCAAUGGAGAAAAUACGGACAAAAGAUAGCUAAAGGAAAUCCAUGUCCACGAGCAUAUUAUAGAUGCACCAUGGCCACUGGCUGCCCAGUUAGAAAGCAGGUACAAAGAUGUGCCGAUGACAGAAGCAUUCUGAUAACAACAUAUGAAGGCAAUCACAACCACCCUUUGCCUCCUGCUGCAAUGGCAAUGGCAUCCUCAACGUCAUCAGCAGCUCGGAUGCUGCUUUCCGGAUCAAUGCCAAGUGCAGAUGGUACCAUAAAUUCAAAUGUACUAGCCAGAAGUUUCCUCCCCUGCUCUAACAACAUGGCCACCAUUUCCGCCUCUGCUCCAUUUCCAACAGUCACCCUAGAUUUAACACAAAAUCCAAACCCCUUGGACUGUCAAAGGCCACAAAACCAAUUUCAGCUCCCAUUCCACAAUCCUCAACAGAACGUCGCCUCAUCCGCUGCUCUGCUACCUCAGAUUUUCUCCCAUGCAUUACAUAAUCAAUCGAGAUUCUCAGGCCUUCAAAUGUCUCAGGAUCUAGUACCACCCCACCAGGCUGGAUCAUUGGCUGACACUGUCAAUGCACUCACUGCAGAUCCAAAUUUCACUGCAGCCCUGGCCGCGGCCAUCUCCUCUGUUAUCGGAGGAGGAUCUAAUCCUACUGGAAGCCCUACUAAUAAUGUGAAUGUUACACAGACACCAACUAACAAUGGGAGUUUAACAACUAGCAACAAUAAUAGCAAUGGCAACAUCAGAGUAACCAACUCUGGGAACUGAGAGAGAGUUAUGCUUGAUUGGUUUUGAAUAAAUCUACAUAAUCAAUACUUUAAUAAAUGCAGUUAAUAUUCUUCUGAUUA